AUGGAGAGCAUACGUGCUCGUCCUCCCUCCUCCUCAAACAGCGACGGUUUCAUCUCCAGAAAUGUCCUCUCGCAUCUUCCACGUCCUCACAUCACAUUCACCGAUGACGGACCAGGACAUCUCUCACGCCUUGGUCCUCGACACGAUAAUGACCAUGUCGACUAUCGCAGCAUACAAAUCUUGCCCACGGCAGACGAAAUACUUGCCGUGAGCAGACCAAUCUACAUGCCUCAGAAAGACCUACUGGCAAGCAACUUCCUCGAAAUUGGCAUGAACAGACAUCUUGACCUGCUCUUCAGACAGCUGCGCUGUGACAGUGUUGAGAGUAUCCGAGAUAUUUGUUACUCUGCUGCUCAAAUGGCCUUCCUGAAUCCACAGGGUCUGAAGGAAAAGCAUGUCCGUCAGGAAACUGAGGCCGGUAACCGGUUUUUCAUCUACGACGAUGUCCACGUUGAAGAACUCCUGAUACAUCAAACAAAAGGAAUGUUGGCCCGUCUCAGCUAUCAUUGCCCAACCUUCAUGCGUGGUACAUUGAUAUAUGACUCAGGCCGCUUUCGGGAAGGUAUGCUGGUUGCUUUGCUAGAGCUUGACGCCUCAAACAACGAAUUCUCCGUCAACUUCAUGGAAGUACACCUUGUACAAAGCACCAUGUCGAUGAACACUUUUGGUGGAGCUGGUAUUCGAGCGGCUGUUCAACUUUCAUUUCCACUCACCUCGACACGUGAUCAGGUGCACCACAUCUGUCGACAUGCUCUGAGACUUCGUGACGACGCCCGUCUCGUGCUAGUAGAGUUCCCCAAGGUGUUGUAUGCUGGGUUUCACAGCUGCCUGGAUCGCCUACAGAAGAUGCAAGAAAACGAUGUUUCGUUUGCAAAGUACAUCGCUCCAUCCCUCAGCCUCCAUGAAACGUGGCAACCCACAGUGGAAACUCAAGCCCAGAAGUGCCAAUCUACUUUUGACGUCCCUCCGCCCGGGUAUACGCAGAGACCAGGGUUCUCCUACAGCCUUAAGGGCAUUGUUCCUCAUAAUUGUGCUAUCAAGUCACUCACAGUCGAAAACCUCAGCGAUGACAAGAUCAUCCGUUCUCUGCAAGAUGAAACCACACUGGACAAAGGACAAGCUAUCGCCUUCCGUGACAGUUUGUCUCGUGAAUUUGCCUUUACCCAAGGUCCGCCUGGGUGUGGAAAGACAUUUUUAGCGGUCCAGUUGGCCAAGACACUUCUCCAGUCAAGAGCAAACUCUAAGCCAAUUCUCCUCGUGUGCUUGACAAAUCAUGCACUUGAUAAGUUUCUAGGAGAAUUGCGUGACGCUGGGGUCGGCGACAUCCUACGGGUCGGUCGUGGUAGCAAAGAAGAAUGGACUGAAGGUAUCAAUCUCAGAAACCGUAAGAAAAUGGCCCGCUCUACGAGGGAAGAGACUCAAGCUUUUGACUUUGCGAAAAGUGAAAAGAAUGAUGCGUUAGGUGAUUUGGAUGACAUGUGCAAGGCCAUCUCGUCUCAACGUCGGCUCGGCUUUGUUGGGUGGCACUUCAUCAAAGACAGCCUUGAGAGGAAUAGUCCUGGAAUUUAUGCACAAUUCUGCGCAAGCAGUGACAAUCACAUUGGACGGUCGUUCACCUUUGAAUACUGGUCUACGGGUGGUGACUUGGAUAGCUUGAAAAGUCUGCAUGUGGAACUUGCAUCGCGAUUUGCUCAGGUUUCAUUGAGCCAUGACAAAGGUGCAUCCAUCGACGUCGAAAGUGUCCUCCUUGACAUCUCCGAGAAAGCAAUUGCUCAAAAUGAUGCGGUCGGAAUUGGCAGUGUCUGGAAUUUUCCUCUGACCGAACGUUUGAGGCUGCUCCACGAAUGGGAACUUGACAUCGACGCUGAGCAAGUCGCUCACAAACUCACUGCCCUAUACUGGACCUUUCAGGAUUAUUCUACCAAAAUCAAAAAGAUCAGAGACCAGAGAGAUGCUAGAACAAUGCUUGCACAUAAGGUCAUUGGCCUGACAACAACUGCAUGUGCCAGCAGAAGAGAUGUACUGGAAUCCCUUGGGAUUGAAAUUAUGGCCUGCGAAGAAGCCGGCGAAGUUAUGGAGCCUCACACUCUUUGUUCACUCCUUCCGACACUUCAGCACGCCAUUUUCAUUGGUGACCCGCUUCAAUUACGUCCAGAGCUAAAUGAACAAUCGCUAACUCUGGAAACCGAUCUGGGUUCUCGGUACCGGCUUGACGAGUCGCUGCUGGAGCGUCUCAUGUUCCCAAGAGAUCCUGCCUUAUCAACACUUCCUUCAAGCCAACUUGAUAUUCAACGUCGUAUGCACCCGGAUAUCGCAAACAUUACGCGCCUGACUUAUCCUUUCCUCAAAGACCACCAGUCGACCUACGAUCGGUCACAAAUCUAUGGUCUUAAGCAGAGAAUGUUCUGGUGGGACCAUCGUGUUCCGGAACUUGAAGCAUCUGAUGAUUUGAAGUCGCACGCAAACCUUCAUGAAGUUGAAAUGGUGGCAGGUCUUGUGGAAUACUUGCUGAAAGGAGGAAAUUACGCCCAAGGGGAGAUCGCAGUUCUCACUCCAUACUCGGGUCAGCUGGCCGAGCUCGUCAGACGCCUCUCAAUAACUUGUAAUGUCUGGCUUAAUGACAAGGACCGUCAAGAGCUGCUUACUCAGGACUUGCUCGAUUUAGGCGAAGAUGGCAGAGUCUGCAAAGAUGAAAUUGCUAUUUCUGACAUGCUCAGACUCACUACGGUUGACAACUUUCAAGGCGAGGAAGCCAAAAUCAUCGUCUUGAGCACUGUACGAAGUGGUGGUCCAGCUGGCUUUUUGAAAACCCUCAACCGUAUCAAUGUUGCUUGCAGUCGUGCCCGUGAGGGAUUCUAUAUCAUCGGAAACUCGCGAACACUAUCACAAGUUCCUAUGUGGAUGAGUGUCAUUGCGUCGUUCAAUCAAAAUAUCGGUGCCAGCAUAGAAACUGGCUGCCACAGACAUCCAGAGACUAACGCGGCUGUCAAACAGCCAUCAGACUUUGCAACAAUCAAAGAGUGUUCAUUCAUUUGCGAAGAGGUUCUUGAUUGCGGCCACCAAUGUGUGCAGAAUUGUCAUCCAUCCGCUCUCCACGAGCGUCUAGCAUGCCAAGAAGAGUGUGACCGAGUAUUUCCCUGCGGCCACAAAUGUACGAAGUUAUGCUAUCAGACUUGCAAAGAAUGUGAGCUUUCGAUCGAUGAUCUUACGCUUCCUUGCGGACACGAGGGCAAGAAGCUUUGCUCAGGGGCUGAAUCCAAAUGUGCUGUGGUCGUCAAGAAGACAACACUCGAAUGUGGUCAUGACUUGAACAUUCUUUGUGGCGAGGAUCACGAUGGAAUCACGAGAUCUGCGGUUGGCCUAAACGUUGUGGUCAUCUUUGUAAGUCAGCUUGCCAUACUGGGCGAGCUUGCCCAGCUGCUUGUCUCGAACAAUGCACCAAGAGCUGUGAACAUGGGCCAUGCAAAAAUCGCUGUUCGGAAGCUUGCGACCCUUGCAUCAAGUUGCCUUCUCGCAAAUGUGAGCACGAAAGUGCAACGAACAUCAUUUGUUGCCUUCCGAACCCUAGUCUUCCGUGCUCACGCCCAUGUGAGAAAGGCCAUUCUCCUCUCAAAGAUGGGUUGGAGAAUGUACCGUUUCACCGAGUCUGUCGAAUUCUUCCAGCAAUCAUUGUCAGACAGCUUGGAGACCUUUAUUUCUGAAAUUCGUCCCAAUCCUUUGGCCGCACUUGCCAACACUCGACACAUUCUUCAACGUCAGAGAGAAGUAAUUGAACUGCACAAAUCUAUUGUCAGAUAUAGGAAUGAGAUCAUUAUUCCAGUCGAGGAGAGCUUGCAAAGCCUGCACGUUGUCAUGGCUCGCCGCGUGCCUUCUUAUGCGAUGUUGUUCCAAACACGAUUUGACGUUUUGGAAUACAGAGCAAUGUCACUGCGGAUUGCGGAUGAUCUGAAGUUAGCACGCCUUAUGGUGAAGUUGGCCGACCCUUCCCAAGGUGUGCAGAGACAAGGAGUCAAGAUGCUACAAUUUGUUGUCAAGCAAUCACAUGCUUGUGUGACAUAUUGUCAAAAGGCUCUGUCUAGACGUCAUGUAACGUCAGCCCAACCACUCGAGGCUGAGUUGCGGCUCCAAAAAACACAAUUUCUCAUGUUUGCGACCGAGGCCAGCUUGAGACUUUCACGCCUGGGAUAUGGCAGUGCUAGUGCCCUGCCGGUGCACUCUGCCAUCAAUGAGCUGCAAAUGAUGUUGGAGGAGGAUGACCCUGAUUUUACCGGUCGAAACGCCUUUAUCAACACCCUCGGAGGAUUUCAGGACUACUUUUUGUCAGUGGAAACUGACGAGGUUGGGGACAUACCCGAUAUCAGCAAUGAGUCGACUCGAACAAUCGAAAAGUCCUGGAGCCAGCACGAGCUUGGUGGAUUGAUAACGUGCCCUCAAAUGCAUAUCUAUUCGAGAAAGACAUUUCCACGGGGUUGUCCAGGUUGUGGAAUCAUAUUGCCCAGUACACCUGAGAUCAACGAACCCGCAAAACCACUUCGCGAAGCAGAGUUUCUCAAGGUGAUGCAUUUGCGUCUCAACACGAAUCGACCUGCGCUCCCAGGAGGGAAAUCGGUAUCUUAUUCCGGUGUUGCACAGGUCACGACUGAAAAGGAAUCUCCUGUGUCUGAGGCCCGUACCCUUGUCCAGCGCCUCGCUGAAACACCAGGAAGUGACCAUUGCCAAGAGAUGAAGCAAGAGGUUGAGCAAGAAGCUGAGGAAGGGGUCGAGGAAGAUUCCACUGAAGAGAGUAAGCAAGAUGUGGAAACUCUCAAGAAUGAACGAGAAAUGAAGGAUCUGGAGAAUAGGGAGAAAUUUCUGGUCGCUAUGAGAAAGCUCGGCUUGUGA